AGCAGGCAAACUGCUGACAAGGGCAAAGCCACGUCGCCAGACUUGCGGGGAAACUGCCUGAGCUUCGGGUUUAAUGAGGAAAAUGGGAUGUUUGGGUUUGGUUUCGUCUGGGAUUUGGCGGAUGCACGCGGCCCGCCUCCCAUCGCGGGUUGGGCCCCCGGCGGCGGCGCAGGCGAAGUCGGGGGGCUUUAGGACCCGGCGCUGAGCGCUCGGACCCCGGUGGCCGUCCCGGGAGAGGCCCGCGCGGGCCGAGGCUUGAAUGGGAGGCCGGCGACGUCGCCGCUGAAAGGCCGGCGGCGGAAUAGCUCUGCCGUCGCCAGGCAACCGCCCUGACGCAACGCGGAAAAAAAGGUCCCCUAGCAAAAGAAUAGUGCGGAGAAUUGAGAGGCGCGCGGGAGCCGGGCGCGGCGGGGACGGCGGCCGCACCAGGAGGGCUCUCGGUUGCAAGCAACAGCGAGAGGCCGUUCUCAGCACUCAGGGUCUGGUAGAGAAGAGCAGUGAGAACUCAAGAGUGACAGUGAGCCCAGAGGUUGUGCACCAGCCUGGAGCUGGACUGCAGGGGUCCCAAUCCGGCUUCACCACCUACCAGCUCUGUGACCAAACCAGUCGACAAUCGGCAAUUCACCGUGCCGUGUGCUCUCAUCGCUGCACACACACAGUCCAGCCUGGGCAAAUGCAGGAAGGCUUCCUGGAGGAGAAAAAUCCUUGAGAACUGAGAAGAGAAGGGAAGGAGCAAGGGCCAGAGGCUGGAGCUGGCCUGCUUCCCCGCCCGUCUCCGAGCACCUCCAGGACGGACAGAUCCCCUCUGCGAAGGCUGCUUCCGAAGACUCCUACUCAUGGCCGGCCAUUCCUGCCUUCGGUGAAGGGUGACACCCACGGGCUUCCAGGACAAGUCACGGGCCCUGAGGGGACCCUCUGGGGCUCGCUCCACAUACCCCCAAGGCUGCAGGUGCAGCCCAGCCUCAGAGACCGACUCCUGUCCUGGCAACGCCCUUGGACUCCGUGGCCCCAGCUGGAUGAGGCCCAUCAGGAGCAGGACCCACCCCUGCCACCCAGCCAGCCUCCCCCAGCGGCCCCCGCCACCUCCUAGGCCUGGCUGCCUGGGCAGACUGUAGGAUGUCCAUGCCCCAGAUCCAAGUAGAAGAAGUAGGUGGGGAAGAGGGGCCGGUGGGGGCAGCUGCACCGGCCGACGACCACCUCCGGAGCCUGAAGGCCCUCACCGAGAAACUGAGGCUGGAGACCCGCAGGCCGUCCUACCAGGAAUGGCAGGCCAGGCUGGAAGAGCACACGUGGCCCUUCCCGAGGCCGGCUGCGGAGCCGGAGGCCAGCGCGGAGCAGGGGGAGCGUGCAGGGGAGGAGCCCCUGCCCCCACAGAGAGCGCCCCAGCAGCUUCCCACCCCAACCGGCAGUGCUGGCCAGGCCGAAGAAGGGCCCCUGGCCCCGGGCAAGCUGGAGGGCUUUCAGAGCAUCGAUGAAGCCCUGGCCUGGCUCAGGAAGGAACUGACGGAGAUGCGGCUGCAGGACCAGCAGCUGGCUAGGCAGCUCAUGCGCCUGCGCGGGGACAUCAACAAGCUGAAGAUCGAGCAGACCUGCCGGCUGCACAGGAGGAUGCUGAAUGACGCCACCUGCGAGCUGGAGGAGCGGGACGAGCUGGCCGACCUCUUCUGCGACUCCCCGCUGGCCUCCGCCUUCAGCCUCUCCACGCCGCUCAAGCUCAUCGGGGUCACCAAGAUGAACAUCAACUCACGGAGGUUCUCUCUCUGCUGAGUGGGUGAGGGGGCCGGGGCCGAGUGACCCCCUGGGUCUCCCCAAGGCCUGCAGGCAGGUGCUCCCUCAGGGACCCGGCUGUGGAUCCCUGAGUCUCCAUGACCAGCAUUGGUUUGACACCCAAAGAGCCCCGCAGAAGGGCUGCUCCCUUCUAAUGUUCCCUGAGAGCUGGGGUCCCUCUCUCCAGCCCAUUCCUGUCCCCAGGAAUCACUGGUGCUCUAAACUGGGGUCCCCAAGGCCCCCUGCCGCACUGGAGAAAUCAGCUGUGUUAGAUGCACAUGCAUAGAGCGCUGAAGUGGGGGCACGUGGGUGGGGCCAGCAUGGGUGCCCUCCGUAGCCUCCCCUGGCCCUGUGCGCUGAUCACAACGUCCACAGAGACCGUGGCUGUCUCCCACAACCCUGGCGGAAGCGCCUGGGAGAUUGCUGGUAACGGAACCAGGCAGACAGUGAACAGAGUUCCGGUACCUGAAUUCUCCUGCUGUGGAGGGCCUGCGGCAGGGACCCAGGUGGAUUCCCAGGGUGUCGCUACACCACCUACUUAUUUCCCACCCCAGAAGCCGGUCCUGAGCCUUCCCUGAGAUCCUGUGCCUGACCUAAACUACUCCUUUUAAUUGAACAAGACUGUUAGGAAUGUGUUGCUAA